CUCAUUUGCAACGCUCAGAAAGAACCACGUAGCUUGGCGAUGGGUUGUUGGUCGUGUGAAGCUUGUGGAGUUGUGGGCUUGGCCGCUGUCGUGGCGCCGUUGCUGUGGUUGAUUCUUGGGUUCGUGUAUGGAUCCAUCCGAUCCAUCUCGCCUAAGAUGCCAGUCCAAGGACGAAAGGUAAAGGUGACGUUCCUCCAUCCCGACCUCGGCAUAGGCGGCGCGGAAAACCUCAUCGUCAACUGCGCUGUGGCACUGCAGAACAAGGGGUACGAGGUGCACAUCUUCACGUCCCACCACGACCCCAACCAUUGCUUUCGCGAAACCCGCGGCGACGGCCCGCUUGCCAAAUGGGUCGUCGUCCAUGGUGACUUCCUUCCACGGACCGUGUUUGGCCGUCUCUACGCACUCUGCGCGUUCGUGCGCAUGGUGUACAUCACGUUGUACUUGUUCCUAACUCAAUGGAACACCGACGUGUUCUUCCUGGACCAGGUGUCGUUGCCGAUUCCGCUCCUGCGCGCGUACUUCAAUCGACCCGUGUACUUCUACGGCCACUAUCCUGACAAACUCCUGUGCAUCGACCGCAGCUCCGUCCUCAAGCAAGUGUAUCGCUGGCCCCUGGAUACCCUCGAAGAAGCGACCACUCGGGCCGCCGACACGAUGGUCGUCAACAGCAAAUACACGGCCUCCGUCUUUGAAGCGGCGUUUCCUUCGCUACAUGCGCGGCAUCAUCUGAGUAUCCUGUACCCCCCCGUGGAUAUUUCCACGUUUGAACGCCCCGCCACGCUACCGUUGCCGCCGCCCUCCACCACCUCCAAUGACAACCAAGCCCUGCUGCUUCGAGCGCUCUCGUUCCCAGCGCUGUUUGUGUCGUUGAAUCGGUUCGAACGCAAGAAGAACAUUGCGCUGGCCGUGCACGCCCUCGCAUGGCUUCAAACUCAAGUGUCCGACACUGUAUUUGCUACGGUCCAUCUGGUCCUAGCGGGGGGGUACGUCGUACAUCCUUGCCAACAACUGGCCUCCAUUUCCAUGCGACGAUGAUGAUGUUGUUAACAUGGCCCUUGUCGCAGAUACGACCCGUUGAACGCGGAAAACGUCGCGCACUUUGACGAACUGGCCGAGCUCGUGGCGGCCAAACAGCUGACGAACCACGUCACAUUUCUCCGGUCGAUCCCGGAUGCGACCAAGCUCGCACUCUUGUGGCACGCCCGGGCCAUCCUGUACACGCCGUCGUUUGAGCACUUUGGGAUUGUGCCGGUGGAGGCGAUGGCGUCCGGCACGCCCGUCGUGGCCGUCAACAGCGGCGGGCCUCUAGAGUCCAUCGCCCACGAUGUCACAGGGUUUCUUUGCGACGCGGAGCCGCCCGCGUUUGGCCAUGCGAUGCAAGUGCUGGCCACGGACGCCGCCACAGCGACAUCGAUGGGCCAAGCUGGCGUGCGCCGCGCCACGGACCGUUUCUCCAUGACCGUGUUUGCCGACACGUUGGAUCAACACAUGCAGCGCCUCAUCGUCGUGCCGCCCCCCAUCGGGCCGACUAAGACCGAGUAGUAGUAGUAGCUGUACUUGGUAGAAAUAAAAGACAGACGCAAGUCACUGAAUACUGCAUUGACAAAAUAGACACCCGCGUUCGCCGUGCGUCGACGUCCUCCUCAACUUGACCUCGUCGUCUCGGCACUGCGCCACGUACUUUUGGAGAAGCGGCGCCUGCUCGUAGUAGUGUUUCGACUCGAACGGCGCGUCUUGGAUCUUGUCGGACGCCAUGAGACGCUGGACGGGCACCGUGCCGACGUUUGCAUUCGCCUUGGGGUUGACGGGGGGCAGCUUCAAGUAGGCGCAAAUGGGGUUGCAUCGAUGGGUAGCUAGGAACUUUUUGAACCCGAGCACGCCGAGGUUGCCUUUGCCAAAGUCCCCGCGGUUCAGCGUAUGAAUCUACUCGACGAUAAAUAUAACGACGAUCAUGAGAUGAAGGAAUCGACACAACCAAUAUACUAUGAA